GGCUUCCUGUGGAUUCUGGGCGCUGCUUAGUCCUCCGAACUGUUGUACGGUGUUUGUUGUGCCUGCUUUUAAGGAAUAAUGAACAACUUAAGUGUUUGGGAAGUUACUUUGACAACUUAACUACACCUUGCAACGUGUCUUCACCAGUUUAUAAAGACAAAACUCGAGUUGAAGAAGAACCGUGGUCUCUUGGCCCCUCUUCUGGAGUGUUGAAUACUUUAAAUGGACUUCAGCUGAACUGAAGUCCCCCUGCUCCAUUCAAAAACAUGGCAGACAGUUUUUACAAGUUGGAAGAUGAACCCUUCCCAAGUUUCCUCUGCAAGUCUCUGGACAGCACCAGUGGCCGUGCCACACUGGGGAAUGUGACAUUGGGUUCAGGCCCAGGACUUCCAGUGGCUGCCUCUACAGUGGCUAAAAUUAAACCUGGGUCUGACAACAGAGGAGAUCCUGUUGAGGCGUCAUAUCUGGAGGGCAGAGAGCUGCGGCAGUCAUCUGUUCGAGAACAGCCCAUGUUUGCCCUCAGCUUCAAAGAUGACUUGGACGAUGCGGAUGACUUCAUUGCAGCCCACUAUCUUUCAGACAUGCUGGUAAAGAUUCAUUUGGAUGACAGUGCAUCUCAAAACCAAGGCUCCAUGCUGGGGCUUCCUUUCACACAGAUGGGCUCAGUCCACAGCCGGCCCACAGAUCUUGGAACAGAUCUGUCAACAGGGCUACUGACGUUUGCCCAGUUUGGACAUAAAGAUAGCGCUGAUGCAAAGGCUCAGCCCUUACCAGCUACAGCUGAGGAGAACAAUGUGCAGAGUGAGGGAGUGGACAGUGACCAUUUCAGUGGCAGUAACUCAAGCUUCCUGGCAAAUGAGAAGCUCAUGUCUGUGGACAGCAUGGACAGCGAUAUCACAGAUGAUGAGAUCGAUUCGAACAACCUGCCUGAUGAUGAGCUGGAGCUUUAUUUUAAUAAGCUAGUGCCUCCUGCCAUGCAGAGAGGCAGAGUGGAGGGCCAGGAGAUUCCUGCAACAGGACUGCUGGGUGCUGACAACAUAUCAAACCCAAGUUCUACAGAACCAGAACAGUAUAGACACCAGUUCCUUGAUGACUACAAUCAGGAGGACUUCCAGAUGCCUGAUGUACGACUGGCUGCUACAGGUAUGGACUCCUGUCCAGCCAGUGAUGAGGACACUGAGGAUGAGCUGGUGUCUGCCAGAAGGAACAGUAAUGCUACCCGAACACGGCUGCUGCCCAGCACUUCCAGACAACUGGUUGGAGAGAGUAAUCGUCCCAGUUUCAGGCCGGGCUUAGAGGGAGGCAGUUCUGAUGAUGAGGCUUCCAGUGGCCGCGGUGGUCCAUCUCUGUCUGGGAUUGAACACAGACGAUCGGCUGAGGGACAAGUCAUCAACCCUCCUGUCACAGGGGAUGGAGGAGGUGGGGAUGGGAGCAGUGGGAGUGAGGACAGCGGAAAUGAUGGUGGAGUUUCGACCAUUCCUCUACCAACGACUGUCGUCCAGACCACCUAUGAUGCCCUGCGUGGGCUGGGGAUUGUGGGGAGCAGUGCUGUUGAUGAGGACAGCAAUCUGAAUCUGCAAGAACAUGGAAGGAACAGUCUUUCCAGACAUGCUGAUAUGGGUGACCGUGUGGGUCCUGUAGGAAUAGGAGAGGCCAGCUCUUCUUUUGGAGCAUCAAGGGGAACUCAGAGGCUUUCUCCCGUCAACUGGAGCAUGGUCCUAGACAGACAGGAGGCACUGGAGGCCAUGAAGAGCACACAGUCUGGGCCCACUGUUGACAGACUGUUGGACUCAACCUACCUGAGGAGUGGAGCUGGCCCCCGGAGACCUCAGGAAUACCUUCAAGACACCCAGGGGAGCUUCCGCCUCUCUCAGGUACUGCUGCCAGAAUGCGAUGACGAUGAUGAUGAUGAUGAUGAUGAUGAUGAUGAUGAUGAUGGAGUAGAUGAGCCUGAUGGGGCCAGACAUUACUUGGGCUUAAGGGGAGGACCUUGUGGUGAUGUGACUGCUGCAGAGGCCUCGGACAGUACCGGUGAGGAUGACAACAAUCCCCUUUCCACCUCCCUGGAACCAAAGUAUUUCUCCCAGAGCUUCCACAAGGAGCCGGCUGAUUCAGAUGAUGGGUGGAACUAUUGCCCAGACAACCUGACGCAGGAGUUUCAACAAGGUGCCAAUGCCACUCAUAGUGUGGUGUACCAGAAUGAUGAAGGACAGUGGGUGACUGACCUGGCAUAUUACUCCUCCUUUGAGAAAGAGGUUGAUGGAAAGACAUCAGAGAAUAUUGGCCACUUUCAGACAGAGGACUUUGUACCUGCCAGUGAUGCUAUGGAAAAGAUAGCUAAGGAUGAAGAGGAAUUUGAGAAAGAACACCAAUUCAUUCAGGAGGAGAAGAUUGAACCAGCCAGCAGCAACAGCACAUUUAACAGUGACUCAUCUUGGAAGGCUCCCACCAACAGCAACAUCCUGAUGAGGGCUUCGCAAGUCUCCUCAGAGUUUAAGCAAGGGGACCAAAGCUACCUGCGACUGACCUUCGGGCAGUUUUUUGGACAACGCUCUGAAGCUAUGGGCUGUCUGGGCCCUGAUGAUGUGGAUUGUGUUAAACGGCCGUCCUUUGGCUACAUCAUUACCUCUCCAGAGAAAAGGGAACCAUUUCCCCUAAUUCACCCCUCAGAUUUCUCAGCUAGAGACAACUGUCCUCACUAUGACACCAUGGAACUCAGCAAAGCAGACAAAACACUCAACCCAGAGGACCUGGACAAAACUCUUGAGCCACCAGGUGAAAAGAUGUUACUGAAAGGUGAUCCUGAUCAAGCACCAUGUGAACAGGAGGAUCAUACUGUCAGAGCUGCACUACCUGAACACAGUGUGGGCUCUGGCUCUGACUCAUGCUUGGGUAACCAAAGCUGUGUGUCUCCCAACAAUAACAGCAGCCAUCUGAUGCUGAGUAUCAGCACAAUUGCUUCAGCCAUUGCUGAUGCGUCCAUCAGCACUGACCCAUCGCAGCUGGCUGCCAUGAUCAUGGAGCUGUCCAAGAGGAGUAGGGCGAGGAAUCGACCUGAGUCCGCAGGACCUGUUGGACCUGCUGUCAAGUUUACAGAGGAACCACACUCGGCUGAAUAUAUCCUCCCUGAGCCAGAUCAGAGCGGCAUGCUAGACACACUGCAGAGAAGCACCUGUGUUGGAGAGCUGAGUGCCUUUGACAUGGAAAGAUACCUGAAAAAGACUGAAGUGUCAGACAGCACUGACGCCUCGUUGGCUCACACUACCUUUGACCUGACCGCCUGGGCUAACAACCUCAGCAGCUCUCAAAGGAACCCUCAGGGAGGAUAUCCUGGGGAACAUGGGAGCUCAGCUCAACAAGUGGAUAAUGAGACUCGACAAAAGUCCACAAAAACGGAGGACAGAGGAGGAGAGACGACAAACACUAGCUCCUCUGCAGUGCCAAAUGCAUCAUCUCCAGGUCAUAAGGGACACUUAAAAAGAAGCUCUAUUCCUCGUCCCCGUACAUCUGUCACCUCUGCCAGAAGAUCUGUUGGCUCAGGGCAGUCUUCCACUCUCGCGCCUCCUGCAAACAAAAUGACUGGAUGUGAUACCUCUACUUCUUCUGCUAUCAAGACUUUCUCAGACAAGGCCCUCACAGAAAAUGGAGUCAAGCCAGGAGAACUGAACGCACAAGCAUCCAACAAUAUUAGAUCUUCCUUAGAAACAUCACAAAAGAGUGAUAAAGGCUCCUCAUCACCUGGCUUGCCAAGAACCCCACCAGGCCUAAUGAAAGGGCAUCUGCCUUGUUUUAAAGGUUCCUCUUUUCAGCCCCAGAGGGUGAGAAGUGCAGAGCAGCAGCAGCAGCAGCAGCAGCAGCAGCAGCAGCAGCAGCAGCAGCAGCUACAGGAGGACAGACUGAGCAAUUCUCCAGAGAAGAAACUACCAUCCAGGAAUAUAAUAUCUGCUCCACUACAUCGUAGCUUUGUGGAGAAGCAUGUUGGCUUCUCUUGCCAAAACACCCAGCAUCCACUAGACCCUACAUCUGAGCUGCUGAAGGGUCUUCCUGAGCCCUGUGUGGAGGAGACUCAGUGUAACUUCAGACCGUCCACCUCUCCGCUUACACACUCCUCUCCAAGUCAGACCUCCAUUCCCAGUGCUGAUAGUAUGGUGUCACCUGGGUCAUCCAGUGGUGGCCUCGCACACAGACGUCCAGAUCUUGACCUCUCUCCUCAGUCUACCUGCUGCAGCCCUAGUCUCAGCCGGCUCACAUACAUCUCCAUAAAUGAUGGCACUGUCAUACCUACACCCGAGAGGCAAAAGAAUAACUGUACCAUGGCACUGAGCACCACCAUCAUCAGAUUCAGUCCAACUCCACCUGUGGAACCAGAUGCUAAGUCUGACAUUGAUAUUCUUGACUUGCCCAAAUGCCUGGACCAGGUGCGACCACAGCAUUCUAAAAGUCUGGACCCACUACCAGCACAGAAGUGUAAAAGCCCGGGGCCCUCACGUAGUGCUUCUGGUCUGAGCUGUACUCGGAGCCAGAGUGAAUGUAACUACCACUUCCCCGGGGACAGAACUGAUGAUCUUUCAGCAGGUUGCGGGAACCACAAUCACCAGUCCAAUGUAAGACAGCUCACUAAAGUCGACUCCGGCUAUUGCAGUAAUAUGAACAUUCAGCAAACUAACAGCACUGCACCUCCGCCCUCCCAGCAGUGGGGAGCUGCUAGCUCAGUGUCAUCGUCAGUGUAUGCUAAUGGCCUUGGAUUGCCUCCAUCAUACUCAUCAGAGGGGCUUCACUAUGUGCCCAUCCCCAGCUUUAAGCCCCAAUGUGCUGGCUUGAUUGACCUUCCCCACCAAAGAGAUAUGCAGUCCCUCCUUGCUGGUCGCUCUCUUUUCAACUCACAGCUGGCCCAGCAGUAUUUGGGACCUGAAGCUCCAUUACAUCCUGGUGCUUAUCAUGUGGGAGCAACAGGAAAUGGUCUCUUCAGUGUAUCCUCUACAGGCAUACCCAACAGUGAUCUAACGGUGAGACACGUCCAUCCCACGUCAGGUCCUCUGAUUUCUGGCUCUGCCGGAUCCCAUCACCUCCCUAGACCCCACCAGGGCCAGCAGGACAUGGGAAUAAUGGGAAAAACCUACAGUCAAUAUGGUGCAGAUCCACUGGGGGCAGGUGGUCUUGAUGAACUGAGAGGUCAAGUGGUGGUACCAGAAGAACUGCGGUUCCCUCACACCUGCUGUGUUGGCAUCGCUUCACAAACCUCCCUUAGUCUCUUCAACCCCUCUGAGAGAUGGCAGCAAGUGUCAAUUACUGUCACCAGCUUGGCCAUUGAUGGGGAGAAGGUCGAUAGCUUUCCUUACCAGUGGCUUAUAGUGAAGAACAAGACGAUCAUUGCCCCCAAGAGUACAGAGGAGCAGAAGGUGUUGUUCAUCCCUCCACAGGCGGGGGUCUACCAGUGUGUCUUCAGUGUUAGCUCCUGUCCUGCCUCCGCAGAGACAGAUGUUGCUGCCAGGGCCAACAUCUUUGCUAGAAGGGUGGUGCUGGUUGCCAUAGCAGAGAAUCCUGCGCUAGAGGUUGAAUUAAGUGAAUCUGGCUGUCUGGAUUUUGGAGACCUUCAAGGAGGCAGUGCCAGAUCUCUUCCUCUCAAAGUGCUCAGCAGGACUCGUGCUACAGUGCCCAUCCGUCUAGUCAUCAGUGCAAACGCCACAGCAUGGCAAUGCUUCACCUUUUCCAAGCACCCUGUUACCAUUACUUCUGAGGCAACACAGCAGGCUGGACGCAUGACCCCAGUGUCCUCUCCCUCGGUGAUGAAUCACGUGAUGCAUGCCUGCUACGGGGAGAGUCCACAGGGCUUCCUGGUCUGGGUUCACUUCAAGGCCCCUCAGAAGUACACAGUUUCUUCAGGCGAGCUUGGUCCGGCUGAUGAGUACAGCGCCCGGGUGGACAUUGAAGUAGACUCUCCUGGUCCUAGUCAUGUGAUCAGGAGUGUUCCCCUCAGGGCCAGGUCUGGAACUGCAAGGGUCCAUGCUCCUAAAGACCUGCAGACUGUCAGCCUGUCUGCUCCACUGGGUAAAUCUAGUCAACAGACUCUGCCAUUAAAGAAUGCAGGAAACAUUGACGUGCAGCUGAAACUCAAGGGCAGUGACACUGAGGACAAUUUCUCUGUGGCACCUGAUGAACUGUCCCUGAGGAUGGGAGAGGAGCAAGGCAUAGUGGUCUCCUUCACGGCACAGGGCAGCAGGAAAUAUCAGGAGAGCCUUCUCACCAUCUUGGUGCUGCCAUCAGGUCCUCAGUAUGAAGUAAACCUGAAAGGAGAAGUUGUCCCGGAGGACUCUGGGAAACCUCUCAGUCCCUCGGCUGCUCUCUUUGGUCCUGGUGUUGCCAAUGAUGUUCCACCAAUUCUUUCAAAUAAACAGUUCGUAGCCUGGGGAGGAGUCACUCUGGGACGAGCUGUCCAACAGAAGCUGGUUCUAAGGAACAACUCGACAAACGCCACGCAGCAGCUGCGGUUGCUUAUUCGUGGUCAAGACCAAGACUGCUUUCAGCUCCAGAGUAUGUUCAGUCCCGAAGAGCGUCUGACCCGACAUGGAGAGCUGUCCAUUCGUCCCAGAGAAGAUGUGACCGUCCACCUGCUCUUUGCUCCCACCAGGGUGGCUUGCAUGUUGGCCAAGCUGGAGAUCAAACAGUCUGGAGUCCGGUCUUCGCAGCCAGGGGUCAAAUUCACUAUUCCACUGUCAGGCUACGGUGGGACGAGCAACAUCAUUCUAGAGGACCAGAGAAAACAGGCAGAUGGCUACGUGGCAACACUGACUGACAUCGCUGUUAGUCGCGUCAGCAAAGUGUGUCUGUGCGUGAGGAACACUGGCUCCAGAGCAGCUUUCAUCAAAGCAGUGGCCUUCUCGGAUGUGCAGACACGAUCCGUUAUGGAACCCACUGUCAUCAGCCUCUCCCCGUCACAGUUUGUACUGAAGGAAAGGACACAAGAGGUGAUCACUGUGCUAAUAAAGUCCACUCAAAGAGAACAGGCCCUGUGUCAGUCGGGCAAUGCGCUGCUGGCUACUGUCUGUCUGUUUUGUGGGGAUGAGGUCUCCAGGCAGCAGUACAGGAGAUUGCUUCAGAGCAAACCAGAGGCUGUGCGGAAGGCUCUGUCUGAAAACAGUCUGCUGAAGAACAUCAACUUCUAUGAAAAGUUCUUGGGAGAAGAAAAUGUGACAGAAGCAUACGACCUGCCCCAGCGGCCCAAUGAAGCUCACAUUUUCUAUGGAAAUAUGAGUAAGGUAGUGGUGUCGUUGCUGGGAAGUGCAAAGAGCUCAGACUGUGAGCAGAGUGACCACACUGAGCAGCUGCUGCCCUCUGCCAGACACGGCUCAGAGACAGACAGUGGUUUGGCAAAUGGCAACGUGUCUCUGGACGUGCUGCCAGUGAAAGGUCCCCAAGGUCCAGCACUGAGAGUGGCAGAGCCCACCUUAAAGGCUUCAGAGCCAUUACACAGGCAGUCUGAGUCAUGGACCAUCCAUCCCGAACAACUUGUCCUUGCAGCUCCCACCAUCAAUGGUGCAGCCGCCACCAGUCAUGUUCAGAUCCGGAACAAAACAUCCAGAGAGCUGAGCUUUGAUUUGUCCUGGCCCGCUCACUGCCUCACCAUCACCCCUCAGCAUGGAGUUAUCGAGCCUCAGUGCCACCUACAGAUUUUGAUCAGCCCCAACCCCUCACUAGCAAGUAAAUCUACCCUGCUGCCAUGGAGUGGACAGAUUUAUGUCCAGUGUGACAAUCAGCAGAAGUUUAUUAGGGUCCAAAUACGUGGGGACCUGGCUCUGGAUGUGUCCGCAGCCCCAACAGACACGACUCUGUCAGCGCUGCCUCCUCAGGCUGCCACUCCAGUGCUGCCUGUGUCCAGGCUCACUGCCAAGCAGUCAUUUCCCCGGCAUACCCCACAGGCCCCUCAAGCCCUGGUGGAGAUCAGCAACAAGACCAUCAUGUUCCCUACCACUCCCUCAGGGGAAACAUCAGAGGCCCAGCUGGAGGUGCAGAAUGGGGAAGUGGAAGUGAGGUGGUACCUGUCAUCAUUCGCUCCUCCAUAUGUCAAGGGGGUCGACAACACUGGAGAUGUUUACCGGGCCACUUACACUGCUUUCAGAUGCUCUGGGGUUUCAGGCACUCUGGGAGCCCAUGAGAAGAUGCAGGUGCCUAUUACGUUCCUGCCCAGGGACAGAGGGGACUAUGCCCAGUUCUGGGACUUGGAGUGCCAUCCUGUGUCUGAGCCCCAGCAGAAAACCAGAAUCCGCUUCCAACUCUGUGGCACUGGAGUAAAGUCUGGACCAGUGGAAGGACCACAGCAGGGAGACUGCUCUCUGGUGAAGACAGAGGCCACAGUCAAGACCAGGAAGAGAGCUGAUGUAUCAGCCGGCAAAACCAGUCAGGAGGAGGCUUUGCGGAGAGGUGUGUAUUCUCCACAGGAUCUUUACACCUUCUCAGCCACACGGGUGGGUGAAUCCAGCACUCUGAAGGUCAACAUCCGCAAUAACUCAUCCGACACACAUGAGCUGACAUUUGUAAACCCUAUGGAGCCUUUCCACAUCAAGCAUUCCAAAUAUUCUCUGAGAUCACAGCACUAUCUGAAGCUACCCGUCCAGUUCAAGCCCAGUACUGCAGGCAGACACGCUGGCUUGCUGCUCAUCCAGUCAGAAACAAGUGGAAGUCUUGUUAUUCAGCUGACCGGUGAGGCAGUGCCUUAAAUCUACCAUCCUACGCCACCUCCUCAUGCUGGCUGGCUGGCUUUGGGUGGAUGCUCUUCCCUGUACUAUUCAUCAUGGGACAGACGAGAGGAAAACAGAGGAAAAGGAAACUUGCACAAUGCUAAGGAUCAAAUAAAAGCAACCAUAGACUCAAAUUCUUCCCAUUAUCAUAUUUGGGGAUGCUCUAGAGAUAUUUUUAGAGAUAUUAACUGGAGAUGACUGAGACUCUGCUGCCAACACAGGCCCGUCGGCCUCUGGAUGUGGCACAGGUGUCCUCAGCUGGCCCAUGAAAAAUGAUUGUGCCUGUUUGAGCCUGAGGCUGAAUGAUUUAGUCUGACUGCCUCACAGUUAGUCUGCACCCUUCUGACAUUUCACAGAGCUAAUGAUUUUUGCCACUUCUCUCUGGAUCUGGUAUUUGCCUUAUCCCCGAGGCAGCAUUGUUUUUGCCAUGGCCCCUGUCAGACAGUACCAGUUGGGAUGCAUUAAGAAGUACUUGGAGUUUGUCACACAGUAAUUCCUUUUGUCUCUUAUUUGGUAACAUGGCUGUGGGGAAUGUUUUUGAUUUGAUUUCUUUUUUAAAGCCAAACCGUAGAUGUUUUUUGUUGCCAUGUUGAACAGUAAACAUCUCAAAAAAGGGGCCUGGCUGUUGGGUCUCGAACCUGAUAAAGUAAUUUCUGGUAACUCGUGAUUGUAACAAGACUACAGCAGAUUUAUGGAUUCUUAUUUAUAAAAAUCACACAUUUUCAAAUGUAGGUGUAUCUACAUUUCAUAAUGUUGCUACUCUUCUGUUUUGGUGUGGUUUCUUUGGAAAUGCCUCUCAUCAUGUGGAGCCCACCUGCACAUCCUUUGUCAGCACCAUGUGUUGACUUCCCAGCAACCUCCAAGACUUGUUCCAAACAGUCCAGAUGUAUUUAAUUUAGUCAUGAUCAGUGCAGCUCACAGCAACAUUAGGGUAGUUAAUGAUUGUUAUUACAUGCUAAAAGAGUUUCCUCUGGUGGGGGUUUUGUUCGGCAGCUUGCCAGGCCUGCUUAGUAUGGUUACCAUGACAAAACGGUGUUAAUCACCGUUCCAGUCAGAGAAAAUUACCUCCAAUUUCUUUUUUUUAGCUCUGGGGCAAAUGGCCAAAUUUGCUUGAGGGUAUUGGAUUCACAUCAUACUCGUUUUUGGAACUGGAAUGGCAUGGGGAAAUCUAUGUAAACUUCAUCAAGGAUGUGUCGUUAACCUUUUAGAUGCCACACAUUGUGACAACCCUUUGGAAAUUAAAAACACUAGAGUUGAGCAUUAUUUUCCUGCCAGUAGGGCACAUUUUAAUGUCAGUAUAUUAGAAGGCAGUAUAUUGUCACAGGCUGCACUCAACACGCCCUGACAACUUCCUCACAUUUUGAUUUACAAUUUGCACAUGCUUUAAAUAGUAUAUAAUGUAAUAUAUUGUAUGUACACAUUUUGAAUAAAGUUUUGUGAUACAUAGCUUGGCUGUCUUUUAAGUUGACGUUAUUAAAGAAAAAACAAUAUUUAUGAAAGAA